AGUAGAAUUACAUGGUAGAAAGAAAAAAUUUAGGAAGUUCCCGAAAUGCUAAUUCAUCUUCUGUAUUCUGAGGCUCACGCCCUCACGGCCUAACCUGUCACCGUCUACAUCAAAUCCGGUUUCAAUUUUCCCGCUUCUCCUUCUGCUCUUCCUUUCAGUAAAUGGAGGAGUAUGUUCUCUGUUUUUCCCUGCCGUGGCCUACUCAAACUCAACCGAGUUCUCUUCCUAAAUUUCGUCAAAUCACUCUCUAUCUUAAGCCCAACAAACUCCCCAGAAAUCCCCGUUUCCAAAGCACUCCCUUACCUAAAACCUCUCAAUUCCAAGAUCUCGAAUUACAUGAAAAAUGGCCGCAUCAACGAAGCCCAGGACCUGUUCGAUGAAAUGCCUCAACGAAAUACCGUCACUUGGAAUGCCAUGAUCCGUGGUUACUUUCAGAAUGGACUAUCCCACAAGGCGCUCAGUUUGUUUAGUGUAAUGCCUGAGCGCGAUAUUUAUUCAUAUAAUAUAGUCAUUUCCGGAUUGAUACAGUGUUGUGAUUUGGACAGUGCUAGGGAGAUUUUCGAUGGCAUGCCAUUUCGAGACGUUGUCACAUGGAAUUCGAUUAUUGCGGGUUAUGUUCAUGAAGGGUUGAUUGACGAAGCAGUGAGAAUAUUUAAUGGGAUACCAUUGGAAAUGAGAAAUGUGAUUUCUUGGAACCUGGUGAUAGGCGGGCUAAUGAACGGUCAACAGGUUGAUUUGGCUAAGGAGUAUUUUAGACAAAUGGAUAUUAGAGAUGCUGUUUCAUGGAAAAUUAUGGUUUCUGGAUUUGCAAGAGUGGGACGUAUUAAGGAAGCUCAUGAUUUUUUUGAAGAGAUGCCUGUCAAAGAUGUCCGAGCUUGGAACGCCUUGCUUGAUGGCUAUAUGGAAAACCGGCGGAUUGAAAUGGCAGAAGUUUUAUUUCAAAGAAUGCCAGAGCGGGAUCUGGACUCGUGGAAGUGUUUCAUAAAUGGGUUGGUAAGUUGUCAAAGAGUCAAUGAUGCUCUUAAGUUUUUCAUGGAAAUGCCCCAGAAAUGCCAAAAGACAUGGAACGGGGUUCUGUGUGGAUUAAUAAGAAAUGGGCAUGUUAAAGCAGUUCAUGGAUUCCUUGAGAAACUCCCAUAUGCUGACAUAGUGUCAUGGACAAAUGUACUCGUUGGAUAUUUUGAAAUGGGUGAAGUUAGCGGUGCUAUCAGACUUUUUGAAUUGAUACAAAUUCCUGAUACAACUGUAUGGAAUGUCAUGAUCUGUGGGUUAGGAGAAAAUGGCCAUGGUGAGGAAGGUCUUAAACUUUUUGUUAGAAUGAAAGAGUUAGGUUCAUCACCGGACAAAGCUACUCUUACUAGUGUUUUAACAAUCUGUUCAGACUUGCCAGCCUCACAUCUUGGUGAACAAAUGCAUGCUGAGGCAAUUAAAGCAGGUUUUGAUCGUGUUACUGAAGUUUCUAAUGCAAUGAUUACCAUGUAUGCGAGGAGUGGACACAUGCACUGUGCAUUGCUGGAAUUCUCUUCUAUGCCUAGUCAUAAUAUCAUUUCUUGGAAUUCUAUAAUAUGUGGAUUUUCUCACCAUGGAUAUGGUGAACAAGCUAUAAAGAUUUUUGAACAAAUGAGGUUAUCUGAUGUUCAGCCCAAUCACGUUACUUUCGUUGGUGUUUUAUCCGCAUGUAGCCAUUCUGGAUUGGUGGACCAAGGAAGAUACUAUUUUGGUUAUAUGAAAAACAAGUGCGGUCUGCAGCCAACCAAUGAGCAUUAUACGUGCCUCAUCGACCUUUUGGGAAGAUUUGGACUUGUUGACGAGGCAAUGACUUUUGUAAAUCAAAUGAGAAAAGAUGGAAUUGAAGUCCCUGCAAGUGUCUGGGGAGCUUUGCUUGGAGCAUGUAGAAUUCACAAGAACAUUGGAAUUGGUGAGAUUGCAGGCAAGAGCUUGUUGGAGAUAGAGCCCAAUAGGUCUGGCAUAUAUUUGAUUCUUGCAGAAAUGUACAUGAGUGUUGGAAGAAGGGAAGACGCAGAGUACAUUUUGAACCAAAUGAAAGAGAAGGGAGUCAAGAAACAACCAGGUUGUAGUUGGAUUGAGGUAAACAACAAUGGGCAUGUGUUUCUUUCAGGAGAUAGCACGCAUCAAGAAUUCAGUAGGAUUUGUUGUCUCUUAGACUUGCUCCAUAAAGACAUUGAGAUUAUGAUUUCAAAAUCCAAUACUACUCUUGAACAAUUUCAAGUUGCCCAAGAUGGACCUUAGGGUGAAUAUUCUGCCCGAGUACCUAAGCUCUGUUUCAUACUGAGUGACUCAAAGAGAAGGAAUGAUUAGUGUACAAUAAUAGACAUCGAUUGGAAGCUGAGAUCAGAUUUGGGUCUGGACACGAAUUCUGCCUCCACCAGUCAAAGAAUCCAUUAAUAUAUAAUUAGACGGGGUUCACCAAAAGAAGUGACUGAGAACUUGCUUAAAUGUGACCAUACAAGUUUUGAUCAACUCAUCUUGAAACCGUGACGGAAUAGAUUCUCAACUCUUUUCUCUUUGAAAACUGUAAAACAGAUGUGUAUAUUUGUUUACCAGCUAUGGCAAAUGCAAGGAAAUUGGUGAA